UCUGCACUCAGUCUUCUCCCCAUUCUUCAAAAUUUUAGCCUCGCCGGAACUUCCUCCUUCUGCUUCCGUCAGUAGUCGGCCGCCGCCGCCGCCGCCGCAGUGAUCCCUCAGCUUUCAAUUCAUCCGUCAGAGUAAGGGUCAUCUUAGUAUUUAGCUAAAUGUUGCUUGUCGAUCCUGAGAAGAAGUUAUCUUUCACUCGCACCAUUCAAAAUGGUGAUUUGGUCAUUGUGUAUGAGAAGCACGACAGUAUGAAGGCGGUAAAAGUAAGCGAGAGUUCAGUGCUUCAGAACCGUUUUGGCAUGUUCAAGCACUCGGAUUGGAUUGGGAAGCCCUUUGGUUCCAAGGUGUUCAGCAACAAGGGUGGGUUUGUUCAUUUGCUGGCUCCAACACCUGAACUGUGGACUCUUGUGUUGAGCCACCGAACCCAGAUUCUCUACAUUGCGGAUAUCUCGCUUGUGAUAAUGUACUUGGAGGUAGUUCCUGGAUGUGUGGUGCUCGAGUCUGGAACUGGUAGUGGUUCUUUGACAACUUCGCUUGCACGUGCUGUUGCUCCAACUGGACAUGUCUUUACAUUUGACUUCCAUGAACAAAGGGCUGCCUCAGCUAGGGAAGAUUUUGAAAAGACAGGAAUCAGCAGCUAUGUCACUGUAGGGGUUAGGGAUAUUCAGGGUCAAGGAUUUCCAGAGGAACAUGUCGGCUCAGUUGAUGCUGUGUUCUUGGAUCUACCACAGCCGUGGCUGGCCAUUCCUUCUGCCGCAAAAAUGUUGAGACAAGAUGGUGUGUUGUGCUCGUUCUCACCCUGCAUAGAGCAAGUGCAGCGCUCUUGUGAAACCCUGAGAUCAAACUUCACUGAUAUAAGGACGUUUGAGAUACUCCUGAGGACGUACGAAGUUCGACAAGGCAAACUGGACAGCUUCGAUGGAGACGAAGGCAUCUCUACUGGUUCUCGUCCUGGGAAGAGGAAGCAGCCUUCCAGUGAUAGAAGCAGUUUGCAGGGGGACAAUGGUGGUAUUCUUGCUCCUGCUCUUCCAGUGAUGACCAAGCCUUGUUCGGAAGCUAAAGCCACCACCACAGCCACAGAGGACGACGACACCGCCACCACCACCAAAAUUCAGAUGGCGUCGAUGCAACAGGAGCAGCAGCAACAACAACAACACUACAUGCAGGCAUAAGUCAAAUUGAAUGGCCCCAGCAGCAGCAACAGCAACCAAUGUACCUUCAAGCUCUUCGACAUCCUUUUCAGAUGAACCCCCCAAAGCAGCAGCAGCAGCUGCUACAACGCUCUGAUCCAAUGAGCACCAGUAUAUGUCUGGACUUCCACUAAGCUUUUCUGAAAUGUCGCAUUCAAAUGUACUUUGAACAACACCAGAACUUAUCUCCGUCAAUCCCCCUCCCUUUUUAGGCUAAGCCCCAUGCUUGUUGAUUUUGUGAAGCAACUUUGUGUUGGUCAAGUGGCUCUAUUUCCAGAUUCAAAGUUCUAGUACACCCAAGGGAACAGGCUUAGCUUAUCCAUGGACAUCAUAGGCAGAAUUCAUGGGAAUUCAGUAAUAAAAGGCCAUCAAUGAGGAAAUGGUGCUAGGAAAAUGCAACGUUAUGCAAAGGAACCACCCAACGUAUUCCAGUCAUUGUAGCUUUCUUCACUGCAUAUAUCAAGUCCAGAGAUACUAUUGCAACA